UAAUUGAAUAUAUGUGAAAUGCAGCAGAAAGUGUUUGUGGAUUUGAUGAGAUGGUUGGAGGAAAGGAUAGGAAGUAUUACAUGCUUGGUGGGAAAGGUGGUGUUGGGAAAACAAGCUGCGCUGCCUCUCUUGCUGUCAAAUUUGCAAAUCAUGGACACCCGACUAUGGUGGUAUCAACUGAUCCUGCUCAUUCAUUAAGUGAUUCUUUUGCUCAGGAUUUGACAGGGGGAAAGCUUGUUCCGGUUGAAGGAGUGAGCUCUCCAUUAUAUGCUCUUGAGAUAAACCCUGAUAAAUCCAUGGAAGAAUUCCGGACAGCUGGUCAAAAGCUUGGUGGUGGGGGUGCUAAGAGUUUGAUGCAAAGUAUGGGACUUGGAGCGAUUGCUGGCCAGUUAGGGGAACUUAAGCUUGAAGAGAUGUUGCACACUCCUCCACCUGGAACAGAUGAAAUCAUUGCAAUUACGAAGGUGAUGCAAUUUCUAGAGUCUGAAGAAUAUAGUAUGUUCAGUCGGAUAGUUUUUGAUACAGCACCAACUGGUCAUACACUUCGACUACUGUCAUUGCCUGACUUCUUGGAUGGAUCUAUAGGAAAACUUAUUAAGAUGAAGAUGAAAUUAGGUUCAGUCUUCGGUUCCUUGUUGGGAAAAGAACAACCUCAAAACAAUCCUUUAGACAAACUUGAAAAACUUAAGGAGAAUGUGGCAAAAAUACAUGAUCUUUUCCAUAAUCCAGACACUAUGGAAUUCAUAAUAGUAACGAUUCCCACGGUUAUGGCAAUUAGUGAAUCAUCAAGAUUACAUGCAUCCUUAAAGAAAGAAAGGGUACCUGUUAAAAGACUAAUAGUUAAUCAGGUCUUACCUCCUACGUCAGGCUGCAAGUUUUGUUCGAUGAGACUAAAGGAUCAAAUGCGGGCAAUUGAAACUAUCCACAAUGAUUCAGAACUCUCUGGGUUGAGAUUAUACGAGGCACCCUUGGUCGAUAUGGAAAUAAGGGGCGUUCCAGCUCUCAAAUUUAUGGGAGAUAAUCUUUGGAGAUAAAACAUUUUUAGGAAGUUUAGCAACUACUCUAGCAUUCUUUCAAGCCGUGAAGUGCGGGUACUAGAUGUUAUGUUAGUCUCUCUUUUCUUGUUUAAUAAUUGUAGUAUCUGAUAAGGUAACAAAUGUAUGUUACAACUAGUAAUUCAUGCAUACUUUAUUGAAAGAAUAGAGUAAUUUAUAGAUAUACAUUGAUAGUGUGAUAUCAUACAACAUUUGGCUGCUGUCACCACCAAACCAAUUUGGUGGAGGAAUGAAUGAUAAUGUUAAACUAAAAAACUGUUGAACUA